UAAAAACUCAUCAAAAAUAAAAACCAUCAAAAUGCAAUUCACCAUCUUUACUGUACUCGCUAUUCUCACUAUUGUCUGUAGCGCUUUACCAUUCAACAAAAGAGCCCCAAGCUAUUCAAUUCAAGUCAAGUCUGAAACUGAUUUCUGUUCAUUCAUGCCACCCAAGGCUGGUGACGAUGUCGGCGCUACUGAAAAUGAUGGUAUUCCCUUUUGUACAAACUCAUCUUUGGGAGGUCAGGUCUUCCCCACUGGAUACAUCAAGUCUGCUCACUAUUUGAGUACGUCAGACUAUGUUCAAGUAACCGGUACUAUUGAUCGUGAUGCUUAUAGCCUUAAGGAAUCUGACGGUGGAGGACAGUAUGAUAACAAGGAUAUUGACAAUGUCACUUGUAACGGCUACAAGUACUUUGUUAACUUGAUUGAGCCUGAUGCUAAUAUCUUUUGUAUCCGUUGUUGCGAAAACCAAGCCGAUUGUAAAUUGGGUAUCUCUACCUUUGGUUGCGCUAGAAUCGUUCCUGGCAACUACAAUUAAAUAAGGCCGUUGGCCCAUGCAUCUUUCAAUAUAUAUAUAUAUGUAUUUAGUAUAUCAUCAUCUCUUCUUUUUUUAUUUAAAUAAAUCAUUUUCUUCUUGUAAACCUUA